AAUUCUUAGUAAAUAUAACUCAUGCACGUACUUUUUUUAGAGUGUGUAUAGGCUAACACGUUUACGUUAAGUAUCUGAGAUUUUGUGACGCGGCUAAAUUAAAAUAAUUUUAUUUUAGAUCAGUGUAAUGGUUAUUUUAGUGAUUUAAUGUUAGAGACGCCAGUUUGAAUAAGGAUUAACCAUCCUGUGUUCCGUUUUGGAGGUUAUAUUGUGCAUAAGUCCUUGGCCUUGCUCUUGGUUCCAAAAUGUCAAAUAAAUUUGACGCCCUGAAGACGAACGAUGACAGUGGGGAGGAUGAACAGACUAGUAGAGAUGUUCAGAAGGUUGAUAAAGAGCCAUUGCCCACCAUAGUGGUGCCUCCAGAAGAGCACAAGCUGCAGUACUCCUAUUGGCUGUGGUUCAGCCGACGCUCUCCCGGCAAGCAGGCGAGCGUACAGAAUUUUAACCAGAACCUGAAGCUCAUUGGCUCGUUCGGCAGCGUCGAACAGUUCUGGUCCGUGUACAGCCACUUGGUGAGGCCGUCGGAACUGCAGAGCCAUAGCGACUUCCAUCUUUUCAAAGUCGGCAUCAAGCCCAUGUGGGAGGACGAAGCGAACGUGAAAGGAGGCAAGUGGAUCGUGAGGUUACGGAAGGGCCUAGCCUCUCGCUGCUGGGAGAACCUCGUGUUGGCGAUGCUGGGAGAGCAGUUCAUGGUGGGGGAGGAGAUAUGCGGGGCCGUGGUGUCCAUGCGCUUUCAGGAGGAUAUUAUUUCUGUGUGGAACAAGACAGCAUCAGAUGCAGCAACCACAACUCGGAUACGAGACACGUUGCGGAGAGUUCUCAACCUGCCCCCAAACACAGUGCUCGAGUACAAGAGGCAUGACGAUAGUCUCAAGGACAACUCUAGUUUCAGAAACACAGAUGUAUUCACAAGGUAGCACGUUGCAGAAAAGUGUCUUUACUGAACGAACUAUCUGUUGAGAGCUUCGAAAGCAAGAAGUACAAUUGAGGCCAACAGCGAUUGCACAGCAAUUGGAUUUGCUGCACAUGCAAAGAUGGGAAAUUAAGAUCAUGAUGAAGAUUCAUUCCAUGAACACCAGAUAUAACAUAUUAACCUGAAACAUAGUCCACCAGAAAUUGUCUUUGAAACAUUUUUGAGUGUAUUUUAAAGUUUACAGAAACAGACUUGGUAGGAAGGUAUAUGGACACAUUUUUUUCCUGCAUGGGUGGUGUGGUUGGUAUGGAUCUCUUGCAGAAACACAGUAUUAUUAGCUACUAGCUGAAGUACCUGGCUGAACACAGGGUGAAGGGGACUUUGUUUUCGUAAUCAGAUGUAGACAGUAUUUGUCUUCUUAAUUUGGACAUUGUGUGUGCAAAAUUUCAAGAAUUUCCCCGAAUUCAGAUUCAAGGGGUAGAAAAAAAGGAUGAUACGGAAAUGUGGGGGAGAGGGAGAGGAAAGAAGUGUUUCAAAAUCUCAUAUUUUCAAUUAACUUUUUGUUAAAGUCAGAUGUAGAUGUAGAUGUAGUAGUAGUAGUAGUAGUAGUAGUAGUAGUAGUGAUAGUAGUAGUAGUGAUCUUAUUUUUAACGUCAAGUAGGCAAAAUUUAAUCUAGAAGGGACAAAAUACUACUUUAAGGGGUAGGAAAGGGAAAUGGGGGUUGUUUUUGACAUCUCAUGUUUUCAGUGAAAUUUUUUUUCUUAAAUUAGAUGUUGAUGAUUAUUCUCCUUUUUUUUUGUACAUGAACUGUUCAAAAUUUCACCAAUGAGAGCCAAAAAACUGCUUUAAGGGGUAGUAAAGUGGAAUGGGGGUAGUUAUUUAUAAACUCCAUGUAGCCAGGAAAAAGGGCAGGUUUAACAGAAAUUCUAUUUUUAUUUUUUACAUCAAGUGUGAAAGAUUUCAUCAAGGAGUGUACAAUUUUCCUUAAAAGGGCAGGAAAGGAGAAUGGGAUAUUUUCUUGAAAUAUUAUUUAAUAAACUUUUUUUUUUAUAAAAAAAUCUUAUGUAGACAGUAAUAUUCCUCCUCUUUUGAACAUCAUGUGUGCAAGAUGGUAUCAAGUUGUACCAAUACUAUACUUUAAGCAGUGAAAAGGUAGACGGGGUGGUUUUUUGAAAUCUCAUAGAUAAUUUGAUGGGGAAAAAUUUUUGAUCAAAUGUAGACAGCUAAUUUUCUCUUAACUUGAAUGUCAUGUUUGCAAAAUUUCAUCAAGAAGUACCAUAACACUGCUUUAGGGGUAAUAAGGGGUAUUAUGGGUGGUUUUUCGAAAUCUCAUGUAGACAGAGGGAUGGGAGGUUUUUUCAAAAAUCGGACAUACAGUUAUCUUCCUCUUAAUUUUAACACCAAGUGGUGCAAAAUUUCAUAAAGAAAUACCAGAUGAUGAUUUAAGGGAUGGGAAAGAGGACAGGUGGUUUCUGAAACCUCAUGUGGACAGGAAUAUGGGGAUGGCUAAUUUGAAAUCACAUAAAGCAGUAAAUUUCCUCUAGUUUUUAACAUUAAUUGUGCUUAAUUUCAUUUAUUUGUACCAACAUUUAGCUUUAAUAGAUGGAAAAAAAGGGGGCGAGGGGUGGUUUUUCGACAUUCCUCUUUUUCUGAAUCAUUUGAUAAAAAGUAAUUUUCCCUAUAAUUUAAAUGCAAAGUGUGCCAGAUUUCAUCAAAAAGUACAAAUAUUCUGUUUUAGGGGCUGGGAGGGGGAUGGUUUUUUUUUAAUUUAAUGUAGACAGUGACCUACCUCCUUUUUAAAAAUCAAUUAUAUACAGUAAUUUUUCCCUUAUUUUGGAUGUAAAGUGAACAAAUCAAUUACUGUAAAAAGGGGUGAAUUGGAUCAAAAGUUUGAAAAGGGAAAAUACAUAGAACUAUUAGAACAAUGCAAAAAAAAGUUUUUUUUUUUUUUUUGCUUCAUUAUGUUUCAAAAUGUGUUACAAAAUUUUGAUCCUAUUCUGCUUGUUUUAUGGUAGUGUCAAAGAUUUAAGGGGUAGGAAAUUGGAUUGGUUUUUCAAAAUCUCAUGUAGACAGUGACCUUCCUUGUGUUUUGAAGGUCAAGUGUGCAAAAUUUCAUCAAGAUCGGAUGAAUUAUGCGUGAACACAUAGAAGAUGAAUAAAAUAGAAGAUAAACAACAUUCAUUUUUAUAUAUAAGAUUAACCAAGCUUUUUCUGUGAAUAUACAAACAUACAUAAUAACAGUUACAUGUGAUAUAGAGUCGGUCAUAUGAGGGCAGUGGUAUUAGUGGUGUUCACAGAAAGCAGUUAGGGUACAGUGUAAUAAUUGGUAGCUGCCGUAUCAUAUGUACUGCACAGACUGUCUUUUAUGGGUCAAGACAACUUAAAAACUAUUUGCACAAAGUUCAUAAACAAAAUAAAAUUUUAAAUAUUUGUUUCAGUUGCCUCAUUUUCUAAUUAUUCUUUAAAACAAAAAGAGAUAAUUUAAGUAACUUGGUGACAGGGUAUACAUAUUUAUCUUCAUACUGUUUUCUGUAUGUUAGUGCAUAUACAGCUUUUUUUUGUUUCAGAACAAUACCACACAGGUAAUGGAAAAAUAAAAUUAUGAUGUACAGAUUCAAUGUCCAACAUUUAAAAACAAAACAGUUUUUGUCUUUUUCCACUUAUUCCCUAAGAGUUAUUUGUUUCCCCCAUAACUCUUUUAAUAACUGCUUCAGGAAAUAGUUGUAUGAAAGUUUCAUCCAAUUUUAUAGAAAUGGAAACCUGUCAGACAUUGUCAGUGAGUGUUAUUUUUAAUGGACACCCAAUUGGUUUUUGUAGCCAUUUUACUACAACUGCAACUUGUUUAUAUUAAAACAAAUAAUAUUGUUCAGAACAGUGGCGAGGGCGUGGAUCGAGUGCAAGUAAUGACUCAACCAUGCUUACUUAAAGUUACUAAAAAUUACAAACCUUCUACUAGCAUUUACAA